CGCAGCAAAAUAAACCCAGUGGUUUCGUUGUGUGAGGGCAUGGCCUUUAAAGAUCGUGAUGUACCGAGUGAUGAUGGGAAGCGCGUGAUGACUCUGCAGCAGUUCAAGCAGUGGUUAAAGACAUCAUUUGACACAAACAGAGAUGGUCAAAUCAGCAAAGCCGAACUGAGUAAGGCUUUAAGGCAAAGCGGCGUUCUCUUUUCUUCAUGGAAGAGCAACAAGGCCUUGAAGUUCGCAGACACCGACCAUGACGGUUUCAUUGAGGAAAACGAGUUCAAUAACCUUUCACAGUUUGUUGAGAAGAACUUCAACGUGAAAAUCAUCAAGUAGCUACUAGUUUUGUAUCAUUAUCUAUCAAAUAAAUAUCUCUGUAAUUUUGUUGUGAUUAAUUUAAUUUACAUGUUAAUCAUAUAUAU